GCGAAAAUGGCGGCCGCAGAGGAAGAGGUGCUGAGGCGGAGGUGAGGUUGCGACGGCGUCGAGCGAUUGCAGCCGCGCCCGCCCCACUGUCGCGUCAUCCUUGACAUUGAGUAGUAUGGAUUGGUGGCCACAGAUCUUUUCACUGGUGUGAUGGGGAGAGUGGAUUCUGCGUGCACUUACUGUCAUCUUCAGGGUUGAGAAAGGCGGGUUCCUGGAAACAUGAUUGCUCAGCAGUCUUGACCUCACAGCUCAGCAAAGACUCCUCCUCCAAUAAUGUCAAGCUCAGGCUACCCUCCUAACCAAGGAGCGUUUAGCACAGAACAGAACCGUUACCCGACACACUCGGUCCAGUACACGUUCCCUGGGAGCCGACACCAACAGGAGUUUGCUGUGCCUGAUUUUCGCACUUCUCACUUGGAAGUCAGCCAAGCAACCCAGCUUCUGCAGCAGCAACAGCAGCAACUCCGGCGGAGGCCUUCCUUGCUUUCUGAAUUUCACCCUGGUUCAGAUAGGCCUCAGGAAAGGAGGUCAGCCUACGAGCCACAGUUUCACCCUGGCCCAUCACAAGCCGAUCAUGACUCACUGGAGUCAAAGAGGCCGCGGCUGGACCAAGUUUCCGAUGCCCCCUUCCAGCGGGUCAGUGCUUCCACAGUCCUGCCCUUGGUCCACCCAUUGCAAGAGGGGUUACGAUCUGCGGACAUAAAGAAGGAUCCAGCUUUUGGAGGCAAGCAUGAAGGGCCGCCAUCACCAAUGUCCAGUCAGGCGUGCGGCGAAGACCAGAACGCUUCUCCCUCCAAGCUGUCGAAGGAAGAGCUGAUCCAGAGCAUGGAUCGGGUGGAUCGGGAGAUUGCCAAAGUGGAACAGCAGAUCCUCAAGUUGAAGAAGAAGCAACAACAACUCGAAGAAGAAGCCGCUAAACCCCCAGAGCCAGAGAGGCCUGUCUCUCCUCCUCCCGUGGAACAGAAACAUCGCAGCAUUGUCCAGAUUAUUUAUGACGAGAACCGGAAAAAAGCUGAGGAAGCUCAUCGGAUCUUUGAAGGCCUCGGUCCCAAAGUCGAACUGCCACUUUAUAAUCAGCCAUCAGACACGAAGGUGUACCACGAAAACAUCAAAACAAACCAAGUCAUGAGAAAGAAGCUGAUUUUGUUUUUUAAGAGAAGGAAUCAUGCGAGGAAACAAAGGGAACAGAAGAUUUGCCAACGCUACGACCAGCUGAUGGAAGCAUGGGAGAAAAAAGUCGACCGGAUAGAAAACAACCCCCGCAGGAAGGCCAAGGAGAGCAAGACCCGUGAAUAUUACGAGAAACAGUUCCCCGAAAUCCGGAAGCAGCGGGAGCAGCAGGAGCGGUUUCAAAGCCGGGACUUCUUUUCUUGUUACAUUCCUAGGGUUGGUCAAAGAGGGGCUGGCCUUUCGGCAACCAUUGCUCGAAGUGAGCAUGAAAUCUCGGAAAUAAUUGAUGGCCUUUCUGAGCAGGAGAAUAACGAGAAACAAAUGCGCCAGCUCUCCGUCAUUCCUCCCAUGAUGUUUGACGCUGAACAGAGGCGCGUGAAGUUUAUUAACAUGAACGGGCUGAUGGAAGACCCCAUGAAAGUGUACAAGGACCGGCAGUUCAUGAACGUCUGGACCGACCACGAAAAGGAGAUCUUCAAAGAAAAGUUUGUCCAGCACCCCAAGAACUUUGGCCUAAUUGCUUCCUACUUAGAAAGAAAGAAUGUUCCAGACUGUGUUUUAUAUUACUACUUGACCAAGAAAAAUGAAAACUACAAAGCUCUGGUGCGAAGGAACUAUGGCAAACGGCGAGGGAGAAACCAGCAACAGAUUUCACGUCCUUCCCAAGAAGAAAAAGUCGAAGAAAAAAUAGAGGAGGAGAAGGCCGAAAAAGCUGAGAAAAAGGAGGAGGAAAAGAGAGAUGAAGACGAAAAAGAUGAAAAAGAAGAAUCCAAGGAGAACAUCAAAGAGAAGGACAAGAUCGAAGCUGCCCCUGAAGAGCCUGAGGAAAAGGAGCAGACUGCUCCACGGGGGCGGAAGACUGCCAACAGCCAAGGCCGGCGGAAGGGCCGGAUCACCAGAUCAAUGACAAACGAGGCCGCGGCAGCCAAUGCCGCAGCCGCCGCCGCUACUGAAGAGCCACCGCCUUCGUUGCCUCCCCCUCCAGAACCUUCUUUGGCAGAGCCGGUGGAAACCUCCCGCUGGACAGAAGAAGAGAUGGAAAUUGCGAAAAAAGGGUUAGUGGAACAUGGACGAAACUGGGCAGCCAUAGCCAAAAUGGUGGCAACCAAGAGCGAGGCCCAGUGCAAGAACUUCUAUUUCAACUAUAAAAGGAGGCACAACCUGGACAGCCUUCUUCAGCAAUACAAGCAGAAAUCUUCUCGAAGGCCCCGUGAGGAGCGUGAAGUGUCACAGUGCGAGAGCGUGGCCUCAACCGUCUCCGCUCAAGAGGAUGAGGACAUCGAGGCAUCCAAUGAAGAAGAGAACCCGGAAGACAGCGAAGGUGAUUCCAAAGGUGCCGAAAAUAGCUCGGAUACCGAAAGUGCUCCCUCACCUUCCCCGGUGGACGCCGCCAAGCCCUCGGAGAAUGCCCCAGCCGAGAGCGGCUCUUCCAGGGCAACCUCUGAGGCAACAGCCGAGCAGGAGUCGGCCAUUAAAGCUGCCCCGGCGGCGUCCCCUCCCUUGCCAGCUCAGAGCGUCAAGCCGGCGGAGAACGAGAACACCACCGAGCUGCAGGUGAAAGAGGAAGCCACGACCGAGGGGGAGGAGUCCAUGGAGGUGGAGAGCCGGAGCCAGCCGAUCGACACCAAGCCCGUGCUCAACCUCGUGGUCCACACCAAAGCGGAGCCUGUCGAGGCUGAAGCGAGGCUCCCGGAAGACGUCCAGGUGAAAAUGGAGACGGAUGCCAAAGAGAGGGACGGGGGCCAGCCCAAGGAGAAGCUCGAGCCGGAAGACAUGGACUUUGGCCCCACCCAGCAAGCCAGUGCCCAGAGGAUGGAACCCAACUCAGACAAUGAUUCGAGCGCCACCUGCAGUGCCGACGAGGAAGUGGAUGGAGAGCCCGAGAGGCAGAGAAUCUACACCAUGGAUUCAAAGCCUUCCCUGCUGUACCCUACGGGGCCUCUGCUAGUGUCCUCCACCAUCAAGCAAGGGCAGCUGGACCUGCAGCAGCUUCAGCAUCGGGCUGCCGUAAUUCCACCCAUGGUCUCUUCUACAUUGCAAGGGCUACCGCAGGGGAUCCCGAUGAGCGGCUACACACUCUUGCACCAGCACAUUAAGGCCAUGCACAAGUCCACCAUGCUGGAGGAUCAGCAACGCCAGAGGCAAGAGCAAAUGGAGGUGGAUUGCCGGAGGUCUGCUAGUCCCUGUGGCCCAUCCAAGAGUCCCAAUGUCGAGUGGGAUGGGAAACCGGUUGCCUACAUGCCUUACGCUGAAGUGAAGCGUGCCAUGGAACAAGAAGCGCAGAUGCAGAACGCGGUGGUAAGAUCCGCCUCCCCCUAUCGCCUGUCUCCAAGGGAGGUCAGCAAAGCCUCUCCACAGCCCGAUAUGAAUGCAGCUCGCUACAGCGUUCCACCAGUUCUCCAACCAGCUCCGCAUCAGGUAAUAACCAGCCUACCUGAAGGGGUCCGUCCCCCAACGACACGGCCCACCAGACCGCCGCCCCCGCUGAUUCCAUCUUCCAAAACAGUGAUGCCAUCAGAGAAACCAUCUUUCAUUAUGGGAGGCUCCAUCUCACAAGGGACACCCGGAACUUACUUAACAUCCCACAGUCAGUCGUCUUACAGCCAAGACCCACCGAAGCCAUCUGUGGGUUCCAUCUCUCUAGGCUUGCCGCGGCCACAGGAGUCCGCCAAAGCAGCUUCCAUGCCGUACAUCAAGCAAGAGGAAUUCUCUCCCAGGAGCCAGAACUCUCAACCCGAGGGCCUGUUAGUCAGGGCCCAACAUGAAGGUGUGGUUCGAGGUACCACGACCACCAUCCAAGACGGAAGCAUAACACGGGGGACUCCAGCCAGCAAAGUUUCCGUUGAAACGAUGCCUUCCCUGCGAGGCUCCAUCACUCAGGGGACCCCAGCUCUGUCUCAGUCCGGGAUUGCAGCUGAUGUGUUGUUGAAAGGAACCAUUACCCGACUGGCUACAGAGGACAGCAGCCCCGAGAAAUGCAGGGAGGAGGCAGCGGCAGCCAAAGGCCAUGUCAUUUAUGAAGGCAAGAGUGGGCACAUCAUAACCUAUGAUGCCAUUAAGAACGUCCGUGAGGGAACCCGGAGUCCGAGGACUGCUCACGAAAUGGGCCUUAAGAGAUCUUACGAUUCCAUGGAAGGAAACAUCAAGCAAGGGAUGUCCAUGAGAGAAUCUCCCGUCUCUGCACCGCUAGAAGGAUUGAUCUGCCGUGCUCUUCCUCGGGGAAGCCCUCACUCGGAACUGAAAGAGAGGACUGUGCUAUCUGGAUCCAUAAUGCAAGGUACUCCAAGAGCUACAGCUGAGAACUACGAUGAAGGCCUCAAGUAUCCCAAGAUGAUUAAGAAGGAGUCUCCACCAACACGGAGCUUCGAAGGUGCCAUUACCAAGGGGAAGCCGUAUGACGGGGUCACCACCAUUAAAGAAAUGGGGCGCUCCAUCCACGAAAUCCCACGGCAGGACCUGCUAAGCCAGGAAAGCCGCAAGACCCCGGAGAUAGUCCAGAGUGCUCGGCCUAUCAUAGAGGGUUCCAUUUCUCAGGGUACACCCAUAAAAUAUGAAAGCAGCUCAGGCCAGUCCACCAUCAAGCACAACGUUAAGUCCUUGAUCACCGGGCCGAGCAAGCUCCCCCGAGGCAUGCCGCAGCUGGAGAUGGUGGUGUCCGAAAACGUGAAGAUCGUGGAGCGAGGAAAGUACGAGGACUCCAAGGCCGGGGAAGUCCGUUCCCGCCACACUUCUGUGGUCAGUUCCGGGCCCUCGGUCCUCCGGUCGACUCUCCACGAAGCUCCCAAGUCGCAAGUGAGCCCCGGGAUCUAUGAAGACAACAACGCGAGGAGGACGCCUGUGAACUACCCAAGCAUGUCAAGGACUUCCCCCAUGAUGAACAGAGUCCCCGAAGCCAACAUGUCUUCUGGGAAGUCUGCAAAUCACGAGAGGAAAUCCACUCUCACCCCGACACAGAGGGAGAGCGUGCCGUCAAAAUCUCCAGUGCCAGGGGUGGAUCCUGUGGUCGCUCACAGCCCCUUCGACCCCCAUCACAGAGGCGCCACUUCCGAGGUCUACAGGAGCCACCUCCCUUCGCACCUGGACCCUGCUAUGCAGUUCCAUAGGGCUCUGGAUCCUGCUACUGCCUACAUGUUCCAGCGUCAGCUCUCUCCCACACCUGGGUACCCCAGCCAGUACCAGCUCUAUGCGAUGGAGAACACCCGGCAGACCAUUUUAAAUGAUUACAUCACUUCCCAGCAAAUGCAGGUCAACCUGCGUCCUGACCUUGCCCGGGGGCUCUCUCCCCGGGAGCAAACACUGGCGCUUCCCUACGCAGGAGCAAGAGGAAUAAUUGAUCUGAACAGCAUGGCUCCCACUAUCUUAGUGCCUCACCCUGGAGGAACAAGCACACCCCCAAUGGAGAGAAUCACGUACAUCCCUGGAACGACGCAACUUGCAUUCCCUCGACCCUACAACCCCCCUUCCAUGUCCCCAGGGCACCCUUCACAUCUGGCAGCAUCUGCAGUUGCAAAUGCCGAGAGAGAACGAGAGCGGGAGAGGGAGAAGGAACGGGAGCGGGAGAGAGAACGGGAGAGGGAGCGGGAGAGAGAACGCGAACGCGAGAGGGAGAGAAUGGCAGCAGUUCCCUCCGAGCUUUACCUCCGUCCAGGCGCUGAGCAGCCCGGGAGGCCCGGGAGCCACGGGUACGUCCGCUCACCCUCCCCUUCGGUCCGGAGCCAAGAGAACAUCUUGCAGCAGAGGCCCAGCAUUUUCCAGGGAUCCAACGGCACAAGCGUGAUCACGACUCUGGAUCCCGCGGCCCAGUUACGCAUCAUGCAGCUCCCUCCUGGCGCCCCCUCCAUAACUCAGGGCUUGCCCGCUUCACGCUUCAACACGGCUGCCGACGCCUUGGCCGCCCUGGUGGACGCGGCCGCCUCCGCCCCCCAGAUGGAAGUGGCCAAGUCGAAAGAGAGCAAGCACGACGGCGGCCGGAUCGAAGAGAACCCGGGCCGCCGGUCGGCGGUGGUGAGCGAACAGCAGCAGAUGGAACAGAAGGUGCUGGAGGCAGAGAAGAGGGGGCCUCCGUGCCCGUACACGUCAUCGUCGUCAUCUGCCUUCUCUGCCAGCAAGCCUCAGAGCCAGUCGUCUUCGGCCAUCUACUCAGAAGCUGGGAAGGACAAAGGCCCCCCCUCCAUCUCCAAGUACGAGGAGGAGCUGCGGACCCGCGGGAAGACCACCAUCACAGCGGCCAACUUCAUCGACGUGAUCAUCACGCGGCAGAUCGCCUCCGACAAGGAUGCCCGGGACCGCGGCUCCCAGAGUUCGGACUCUUCCAGCAGCCUCUCCUCCUCCCACCGAUACGAACCACCCAGAGACGCCAUCGAGGUGAUUAGCCCCGCAAACUCGCCAAUCCCUCCCCAAGAAAAGAUGCCACCUUAUCAGCAGGAGGCCCCCAAAAUGGCCCAGACGGAAAGAGACUGCGGCCGUCAGUACGAGGGGCCGGUUCACUCUUACAGGCCACAGCAGGAUUCGCCAUCACCACAGCCACCCCCUUCCUCCCAGGCAGAAGGAAUGGGACCUGUGCCACGCACCCACCGCCUGAUCACGCUGGCUGAUCACAUCUGUCAAAUCAUUACACAGGAUUUUGCUCGAAGCCAGGCUUCUACGCAGCCCUCUCUCCAGCCUCCCACUAGCACAUUCCAGACCUCUGCUCCCACUAACGUCACCACAUCAAACCGGGUGAAGACCUCUAACCGCUACAGCCCUGAAGCGCAGAUGCAGCCUGGCCCCCACCAGCGCCCAGGGGCCCGGGUGUCUCCGGAAAACCUCUCUGACAAAGGGAGGGGAAGGCUUGGGAAGUCCCCCGAGAGAAGCCACCUUUCCUCAGAGCCUUAUGAGCCAAUCUCGCCACCCCAGGCCCCAGCCGUGCACGAAAAGCAAGACGCUCUUAUGUUGCUCUCCCAAAGAUCCGAGCCUGCGGAACAGAGGACGGACUCUCGUUCUCCAGGGAGCAUCAGCUACCUGCCUUCGUUUUUCACCAAGCUCGAGAGCACCUCGCCGAUGGUGAAGUCCAAGAAACAGGAGAUAUUUCGUAAGUUGAACUCCAGUGGUGGAGGCGACUCUGAGAUGGCUGCUGCUCAGCCGGGGACGGAAAUCUUUAACCUGCCAGCGGUCACUACCUCAGGUCCAGUCAGUGCUCGAGGUCAUUCCUUUGCAGAUCCCGCCAGCAAUCUGGGCCUGGAGGACAUUAUCCGCAAGGCGCUGAUGGGCAACUUCGACGACAAAGGGGAGGACCACAACAUCGUCCUGGGUCAGCCCAUGGGGUUGGCGUCCAGCGGCUCUAGUUCAGCUCUGUCCACAAACAGCGAAUCCCGGAGGGAAGAUAUUAACCCAUCCCCCAAUCCGGGAGGAGGAGUCAGCAAGCAGAAGCUGAUGGGCAAAUCCGGGAGCCGGAAGUCUAAGUCGCCCAUUCCCGGGCAGGGCUAUUUGGGAGCAGAGAGGCCUUCGUCUGUCUCGUCGGUGCACUCAGAGGGAGACUAUCACAGGCAGACACCCGUGUGGUCGUGGGAAGACAGGCCCUCCUCGACAGGAUCUACCCAGUUCCCGUACAACCCUCUGACCAUGCGCAUGCUGAGCAGCACGCCUCCGACCUCGAUGGCCUGCGCCCCGCAGUCCGUCAGCCAGGCCGCCUCUCACCAACCCAACCGAAUAUGGGAACGAGAGCCAGCGCCCCUCUUGUCAGCACAAUACGAGACUCUUUCAGACAGCGAUGACUGACCGGGGGAGGGGAAGGGGACCUUUGGAAGAAGCUGGAGUCCUUUGCGGGGUCGAAAGGCUGAUGAUUGGGGUUUUUUUAAAAAAAACAACCACAACACCACGAUACGUGCCCAAAGACGUUGAAAGAGAGCGGAGGGGGGGAUGUGCCAGAUGAAGCCGCCACAGGGAAUCUGCUCUGGAGCCCAGCCCCCUUCGGAAGAUUCCUUGCUGCGCGUGGAACAGCCAGCACCCUGAAACUUAAAUAUGUAAAGAGUUUUUUUAAAAAGGACUUGAACGACAUCUUAUUUGUAAAGAGAACCAUAACAUAAUGUCUUUAAAAAGAAAAUCAUUCUUAUGUAAAUAGAGUAAUUUUCUGCAGUGGUUAUUUCCCCCCCUCCCUCCCCGGCUUAGAGUAUCUGGUGUACUUAUGUUCAAAUCAUUGCAUAAACCAUUUUUUUUGGGGGGGGGUGUCAUUUUAUAUAUAUUUUUUAAAAGUAUUUUCUCAAGCAUAGGUUGUUCAUAAUCUUUUCAAGGCGCAAGCCACCUAGAACAUCAGGCCCUUCAUGCCGUCACUGCAAUGAAGGAAGGAUCGCGCAUUCAUGCUCAGGUGUUCCAGGUGGGCAUCUCUGUCCACGCCCCCCCGCGCCCCCCCAAGGCACCACGCAUCCUCAGCUGGUCUCCCAAGUACUGCUCUUCACGAGUCAGUGCUGGU